AUGGCCAGAGGGAAGAGAGCGCAGAACAAGCGGAAGAGCGCAGCCAAGUCUAGCGAGACAUCACAAACCGUGUCACUACAGACGUGGCCGGCAAUCAACCUGCAAGACCCUCUGUACGACAUUCAUGGCCGCAAGGAUUCGGUCCUGGAGCAGUUCCCGGAGCAAAGUGUGCAAUACGUGCAGACGGCGACGCAAAAACUGGCUGCGAGGGCCGGGACUUGGGCGCAAGCUGUCCACGGAACAUUCGCUCUCACAGUACAAUGGAUCACAUCGACCUACUGGUGGAAACGAUUUGCACACCGCGGAAUAGAGCCGAUGAUCGUGACCCUCAUCUGCUUCACGCUUUGUUUUGGUUCUCUCUGGUUUGUGCUUGAUAGCUUACUCAAUGCGACUAGGGUGUCUGCCGAAUGCUCUGCCAGCACUUCGACAGUCUUCAUCCCUUACACGGAAACCAUUACCGCCACCGCAUACCCUCCAGCGAAAUCAGUUGAAGGUGCCGCCAUCGUUUCCAGCUCUUCUUCGUCGACAUCUUACACCACCGUCUCGACUAUCACGACUAUCGUGUCUCGCACCACAACCAUCACUGUGGAGGAGAGCCCCUCAACUCCACCAGGAUUACGUUCGGGAGCGAUCACCGUCACUGCUACCGUGUUUACCACGAUCCAAGCAGCUCAAGGCUCGACAGCAGCCUCGAGUCUAUCUUCUAAAGCCGCUUCGUACACCUUCCAGGUCGUCGGCGGCAGUACAGUGUGGCAGAGCGGGGCAUCUCCUUCCAGUGGCGCUUCCCUCAACAUAGCCACUUCUUUCGUGACUGUCGUCCCAGUGCCUUUGGCGUCGGCCAGUCCACCACAGAUCUCUGCUGCCAGCGAAGAUUCUCGAACCAAGCUACUCACAACCUUCACACCACCAGCCUACAGCUCUACGGCCUUUAGUGUCUUGAGCUCGGCAUUGACCACCACGUUGACCAGCACCAACUAUAUCACCCGCUCGUUGUCGAGGGUCUCUCCACCACCGUCUUCUCGCACUGGCUUUACUGGCAUCAACAGCGUCGGCUGGAAUACCUCCAGCACGCAGACCGCUGCUUCAACAACGGAAGUCGCUAGCACACCGCCGCCGCGCUUCACCAAGUUCACACGCGUGGUCUACUUUGGUCAUGACGAUAUCACAACGUCGACCAGCACCCAGUUAGUGACUGCCACCCUUGGCGAGGUGAUCUUGCAGACCAUCUCGCCUGCAGUCAACGGCUCCGCAUCUACGAUGAGCGGUGAUCAGCAACCGAUUACCAUGACCUACACCUUGGGCACCUCCGCUGUCUCGUACAGCACAAGCAUUGCAUUCCCGACAAUGUCGGGACUAUCGAGCUCUUCCGCUUCUCGAGCCACCGCCAUGAGUAUGACGGUGACCCAUGGUACUACCGCGGCCACGUCUAUCUCUGGCAACACUGGGACGAAUCGCGCCACCAGCUCAGCCUCAGAUGAAUUUCAUCAGACUAUCGGAGCCGCAUCUCGAUCAGCUUCCACCACUCUACUUGCGUACACAGCGCACAGCUCCUCCGCAAUGUCCACAACCGCUGCUACGGGCGAGAAUACAGGCCAGCCAGCCUCCACAUCUGCUGCUUCAGCAAGUACGACUUCCAUCACGAAGGCUAACAGCACUUCACCGAGCAGCACUGUGAUGUCUACUCUUGGAUUCUUCUCUGUACUCAUAUCGUCUGGGAGCACAGCUACAAAUCCAGCAUCGUCUACAUCGACGGGACUUGGCAUUUCGGCUACAACGCCCGCUGUCCAAGGAUUGACAAGCACCGGGCCCGCUUCGGUGGCCUCCAGCCUGUCUUCUACUGCUACGCCCAUCUCGGGUAGCACGCUCUCUUCAACGGAUUCCGCUGCCAAUCGCGGAUCUUUCUCUACCGUCCGUAUUUCCGCUGCUACUGCUACUGCUACAGCGUCCACGUGGACGACGACAGCAGUCCCCUCGGCCACCCAAUCUGAUGCAGUGACGACUGCUCCUGGCUCCUCUACUGGAACUUCCAGCAGCGGAAUGGCAACACCAUCGAGUGUCUCCAGCAGCACUAGCUUUACCACCAGCACAUUUGCAAGCACGUCGUCGCAGCGCUCGCUCAACGCUAGCGCUACCGGCACGAUAACCUCGUCAGCUAUCAGUCCUGCUUCGACUUGUGGCGAGCAAGGCAACUUCACGAUGAACUUCGACGACUUGCCGAUGUUCCGUCCUGGUAGUGCUCGACUGAUCAAACGCCAGACGACGUCGUGGAACGCCACGAGCUCACCAAACAGUGGCAACGGCACUUCUGACAUCACACAACAACCUCCACUCAGCCUUAGGCCAUACAAGCACAUGCUUUUCAGUGGCGGCUAUGUCUAUGCACCUCCACCGAUCGAGCCCUUCGCCCCAGCCAGUCCACCGAAUGUCGCCGUUUUUCUCGCGAAUGGCACCGGCCUGAAAGCGGGACCUGCUCCACCAAUCUCGAACGAUUUAGAGCCUGGGGAGAUCGCUGAUGGGCCGUAUCACGAAGGCAACCCAGCCUUCUUUUUCGACGCUCACAGUGCUGCUUUGGGUUGUGACAGCCAGACUGCGCCUUGCACCAUGGAAGUCACAGGCUAUACAUGGAACAGCACGGUCAAGGACGACGUGCCGACAUACUCCAAGAACUUCACUCUGCCAGCGUGCGAGAGCUACCGCAACUGCCAACUGACGACCGUGGAAUUCCCCGAGACUUUUCGCAACCUCAGCGGCAUACGCAUGCGCGCAGUUCGCGGUUCUGAGCCUCGUACAUUCUUUGCCGACGACAUCAAAGCGCGCUGGGCAGAUAGCUCGUGUGAUGCAGGCAAGACUCGACAAAACAGUAUGUGA